AUGUCUCAAUCAGCUCAAGUUGUCGAUGGGGAAGCUUCAGAAUCCGAUUCUGAGAUCGAAAUUGGAAAGUCUCCUGACACAUCUUCAUGCUCUCAUGCAUUUGUGAUAUCAGGAGAAGCACCAGAAUCAGAUGAUGAAUGUAAAGUACCAUCUCCUGAUGUCAAUGAAAUAGAUGCUCCUCUACACACAUCUAUGUUCCCGAGUUCACCCACAAAGUUGAUACAUAACUCAAUACUUCAUCAGAAAUUGUGGGAAUGCAAUGUGUCCUUACGAGCCACAAUAGAGGGUUUAGCAAAACAUACAACAGACAUAUGCGUGGAGAAACUGACCAGCGCUGAUAAAACUUUGCUUAAUGUGCAGGAAAGUAUGAGAGCGACUAACGCUAAUUUGACAUUAGCUCGAGCGCGGCUGAAACAACUACAUUCAGAGUUGGAAAAAGCUAACUGUUCAAGUGCAUUGCCUACAGUUAAAAUUAAA